AUGUCACCACAAAGAACUUCAUUAAAUAUAAAAACUGUUGCUGCUCUUUUAUUUAUUAAUUGUGUUGGACCACCUCUAACGAAAUUCGAACCCGAACAAUACGUUCGAUCUUGGUUAUUGAAUGGUCGACUUUCAGCUGAUGAUACCGCAAGUCGUAAAAGAAACCAAAAAUGUGAUAAGACCUAUGAAUCACUGUGGAAGUUAUUGUAA